AUGAAAAGUGUUAUAUCUCCGUUUAAGAAGAAAUCGCACAGCAGACAGUCGUCCCGGGAUGAGGGUCAGUCGCACUCCUCCAUCCACAUGAGGACGACUUCUGCAUCGAGUACGGGUGCCCCAAAGAGCAGCGACACUAUCCCUCCCGUGACUGGCUCGACUCAAUCGCAUAAGAGGACUACUUCUAGGUCUUCGACAUCCUCUCAAAACUCUAAUUUUCUGGCGGAGCAGUACGAUAGGGACCUUAAACGUAUCAUAUCAUCCUGUUUUACAAAACCGGAUUCCAAGAAGGGUACUCCGCCUAACAACUAUAUAACUCACGUCAGAAUUAUAGAGGAUGCAAAGUAUUCGAGUGUAAGACCAGGCCCUGACUCAAAGUUGGAAUAUAAAAAGAAGAGAGUGCUAAUCCUGAGUUCCAUGGCAAACAACCCGAAAAAAGUUAGUUUGCAUAAGGCGAGGGAAAACUCUGAUGGUACCUUCCAGAUCGGAAGAACAUGGGACUUGGAGGAAAUAGUGAAAGUUGAAAGGGACACGGAAAUUCCAGAGGGAUUCUUACUCACCAUGGGGAAAACGUACUACUGGGAAACAAAUUCCCCUAAGGAGAGAACCGUUUUUAUUAAAAGCUUGAUUAAGAUGUACAGUCAGGUAUUCGAGGGCCAUGUGCCAGAACUUGUUAAUUGGGAUCUUUCAAUGUUUUACCUCGACGAAAGGAGCUACUCGAGAGCCGUCCGUGGUGCUAAAACAGUAUUCAAAUCGGUGGUCUCUCCUACCACUGAUAGAAUAACCCCGGAAAUAAGUGGUAAUGUGGCGGAUAGUUUCCAGACGUUCGAGUCGUCUGUUCCACCGCCUAGAAGCUCUUACAGAAAUAGUAACGAUAUCAAGUAUUAUCAGAAUGAGGGCAACUUGCAAAUGAACAGGGAUUCACAACCUGAGGUGCAACAACACUUGCUUGAACGCCAAAAUCAACUAGAAAGAGAGAAUCAAAAAAGAGCAGAACAAGAACAGAUGAAACAACAGGAAAUGGAGCAGCGUCGGCAGGCACAGGAGCUGGAAUUGCGUAGACGGCAAGAGAUGGAGCAGCAUCGGCAACAGGAGCUGGAAUUGCGUAGACAGCAAGAGAUGGAACAACGGCGACAACUUGAAGAACAAAUUCAAUUCGAAGAGCAAAGGAGACAACAGGAAAUGGAGCAACAGCGCCAACGUGAGAACCAAAGGCAAUUAGAGGAGCAACAAGAAUCAUUACGCCAAAGGGAGCUCAAAAGACAGGCUGUAACGAGGGAACAGGAACAGUUGAAAGGAACACAACAGAACGCGAGAGGACCAGCUCAGAACUCGCUAGAAAAGGCUCCCUAUCAGUAUAACCCUACCAUAAACGAGGUCAACGAAAGGCUCACUCCAGAACAACUCAAUAUUCCACCGACUAGCGCAAACGGUGAGGAGUACAAUGAUAUUACUGAAUCUUACAUGGGAAACGAUGCUAGUGCUGGCGUGCAGAAACAAUCAGACAGCGUUCUAGAAAACAUUAAUGCAAUGUUGAGCGACAAUAUGCAAGAGGAGAAUGGAUUGCCUGCUCCCAUACCUCUCACAGAACCAGAUUUGAAUGACAGCCUGAACAGCGAAAUUUCUUACACGGAAGCUGUCCCAUUACCCGAAGAACCCCCAGCAGAGGAUGACUUCAAUGCCCCUGUGGAUCUGAAUGCCCCCUUAGAGAAUCAGGAAGUAGUUGCAUCGAAACGGGCAGUAUCGCAACCAGAUGACAGCGAACUGUCUUUCGAACAAGGGGAUGAAGUCCGGUACAGCGGGAACUUCACACAAGAAGAACCACACAGAUACCACGAAGUAUCCACAAUACAAGAAGAGGAACACGCGCUUCCUGACAUAUCAGACGACAAUAUCAAGGCUACUGCUUCAAAGGGAUCCAAACGUGUGCAAAUUAAAGACGAGGAGCUACUUGAAACGCUGACAGAUAUCAAUUGGGAAUUGGACGAUGAUGCUGACACCCUGAUCGACAGACUUAAUGCCAAAAUGAUUGAAGCAAAUCACUCUUUCAACAAAAAUAUCAUCACGCUCCAAACUAUUGGGCCGGAAUUGGUGCCUUACGGAGAGAGUGUGGAACAAGAGUGUUCUAAAAUGAACCCUGCAUUUUCUCUAUUUUUGAUGGAACUCAACAACUUCUCUCAGGAUAUCAAAUAUCUGGAAAUCCAAGAAAACGGUUUGCAGAUAGAGAGUGCAAACAAAAAAAUGCUUUGGAAUACACUUUCGGACCUUUUGAAUACCGUUUCUUUGGACGAGGACACAUUGAAGGAGCUGCUGAAGUGUUCAAUACGGGAACGUAAUUUGCCUUGGAUGGAAACGCAAUUAAGCCUGCUUUCCAAGGCUCUGGAAGCUAUCAGUGGCGAAGCAAGUAAACAGGAAUACACUUUAAAAGACAUGGAGGCUUUGAAAAGAAGACGUCAUUACUAUGAAAAAGUAACAGAGCUGUUUUUAGAGCGCCUCGUAAAAGAAAUGGGUUCACUUUUUGCAAAUAUUAAAAACGAUGGGACAACAAACGAACAGUUAAUCAGUAUUCUUCAGAGGCUUCUUGUGUUUUCCUCGCUCAUAUCGUUCUGUAAGGGGAUCGAUAAACAAAAGUAUAACUUAAUCGUGGAAAAAUGGAAUAAAAACAUACAGGCUGUGUAUUCAGGGAUGUGGGGGAAAGUUUUGGAAAACGUGAAGCAGAUUGCGAGUAGGUACGAGCCCGAGAAGGGUAUUGCUCAACAACAGGGAGCAGAGCGUCUUUUGCAGCAAUGGCAGCGCUACAGGGAUACAAGAAAAAUCACCACGGAGGAGCCAAUGUAUAUUCCACUACUGGAAUCCAUUACCAGUAUGCUAGAUUUUAUUCAGCAGCAUUGCGCAGUUUAUCAAAACUUUGUGACGAUCUUUUUCCACAUAUCUUCAGACAUGACUUUCAGCGAAUAUGUUGCAAAGUACAAAGACCCGAGCUCCAGAGUUGUGCCACUCGAUGCUAUUCAACAAAUGGAUUCAAAUAGAGAGUCGGCGAUUGCCGAGUCAAAGAUGGUAUCCGAAGUGUUCCGCCAUAUUAUUUCCGAGUUGGUCACUUCAUUGAGCGAUUUAUCGAAAAGCAACCAAACAAUACAGCCAUCCAUCAUGCUGCUACUUGAGUCUAAAAUAAAACGUUUGGAGUCAUCCAACCAAGAAUUUCUAUUUGCUGCAUUCAAGAAGAUUCACGAACAGAUGAAACAACUGUGGUCCGAUUUCAUAGAUAGCCAAGUGCUCUACAUUGAGAGAGCAGUCACGAAUAACUUCAACAAGGAUAUUUUCCCCGUUGUAUAUGGACUGCCAAUAUUUGUAAAGAACGUACAGGACUCUUUGAUACACACCGCUAGGACAGCAAAGGAUAGCGAUGUUGGCAUGGCCGAAUCAAACGUGCUCAAGUUAAACUCUUUCAAGAAGUUGGCUGUAAAUGUUGUAAAUCUGCUGCAGAACGAAGAGAACGCGGAAACAUCUACUUCUCUGGCAAAACCAACCAUAUCUGCUAGCGACCUUAAUAAAACGAGAACUCUUCUGAUGAAUUACAACUGGCUAAUUGAGCUUCUUACUGCCAUGAAUGGCCCGGUAGGCGGCAUAUUCGAUGAUGCAAUCCAAAACAGCAAGAAUAUUUUUGAGAGUGAGAAGGAUAAAUAUGCAAACUUCAUGCUUCAGGAUACCAUGCCAAAACUAAAAUCGUUUGUGGAUGGUGCUACUAGGGUGAUGGAAACUACUGUAACGGAAAGAGCGAACCCAUCAACAUGGGGGGCUUAUAGUAAACAGAACCUACAAAUUAUCUUGAACAGCUACUCAACCCAAGAAGUUAAAGUGCUUGUUAGAAAACUUCACAAGCAUCUGCUUGAAGAUGCUUCUACUGGCCAACCGGAGUCGAUGAACAUGAUUUUGUGUGAGAAGUUAUGGUCGUGCUUGCAAGGUCAAACAGUGUCGCUUUACCUGAGAUUAUACACUCUACUGGAAAAGUACUAUAGGGGACUGCAUCCUAACUUUUCGAAGAACGAUAUUAUCAGCGCAUUUGAGGAAUACAAGAAGUGA